AUGAAUCACUACACCCCUCGUCUUCGCCAUGAACCACUUCGUUUACCAUGGGUUGAUGUUGCGAUAAUCAGUGAAAAUCUUGAUUGGAAUUUUGCUGACUAUUUCUUACGAUUAGAUGAAUUGAAUAAAAGUCUUAAUGAAGAUGAAAAAAGUCAACUUAAGACUAAUUUACCAUCUAGUUUAAAGCAACAUCAAGAUGUGAGAGUUGCUAAUGGUUUGGGAUUAUAUAAAUCAGCACAAGUUGCCAAACUUGCUGAUUUAACAAGUACUCAAAAUGACGCUGGACUAGGAGUAUAUUCAAUGACAAGCCGAUCAGUCUUCCAAUAUGCAACGCGUACAUUAGGCGUACGCGUAUGCUUAGAACUUAACCCUUUCCGUUCAAUUCAAUUCGGCAAACGAAAUUCAUAUCCAUUAACUGUAACUGUCAACAGAGAUCCAUCAAUCAAAAACUGGCGUCUUGGUUGGCGUUUUAAUGCUCAAGAAGCACCACAAUAUGAAGUCAUCAUUGAAAAAGUCGGCACAAAUCAAUCCUAUCCAGGUUUGGGUUUGUCUGCUACAAAAGAUGGCAAUAAAUUCGAUAUUAAAGUUUUAACUGGCAUGAAAUUGUUCAAUGUGAAAGGUACACAAACAGGUGAGACAUUCAGUGGUACAGUAUAUUCAAGUGACAACAACGAAUUAAUGACAAUAUCUGGGACAUUGGCAAUUAAUAACGAUGGUUUUAAAUUCGAAAGUAAACUUUUUGAUAUUGCAAGCAAAAAAGAAGUCGUAACAUUAACAACUGAUAUUCUACCAAAUCGUGGACAAGGUCUUACAGCUAAUUUUAGUUUAACAACACCCGAUAAAGCUAAAUUAUUUAAAGUUCAAUUUCGUGGGGAUUUAUACAAACCGAAUUCAAAAAAAUUUCAUUUCAAUGGAGAUUUUGAUCUUGGUGAUGCAUCAUGCAAUGGAAAAUUAUCGUUCGAACGUGAUGACAAUCAUAAACGUAUUGAAUUACAACGUUUAUAUAAAUUAGGUCAAGGGUCAUCAGCUGUCGGAUACGAAUUUUUUUAUGAACGUAAAACAAAUAAAGAAGCAACUCAAAAUAAUUGUAAUAUUGCAUCCCAUGUUUCAUUACGAACACCAGCUAGUGAUGUAUCCAUGAAGCUGUUCAAUCUCAAAACAGAUUUCACUCGUGCCAUUGAUUUAUCGAAUGCAACACUACAGAGUUCACUUGAUUAUUUACUGAUAACACGUAAUCAACCGGCACAAGAAACAAUCGAAAUCGAUUGUACAAGACGCUCAGUACGAGCAACUAAUGAAGGAAAACGUCUAGCAUCACCGGAAGCUAAUUUUAAAGUUCAAGUUAAAACAAAAUCAAAUGUUUUUAAUUUUCUUCUUGAUUAUCGACACCGAAAGAGUUCGGAAUCAUCGAAAAAAGGACCUACAAUGCUGCCACCAACUCUUGACAUCAACAAUAAGAUUCAUUUUGUUGUCGAUACAGAUAAAUUAUUUCCUGACAUACCACGUCAAUUUGCAUUUGAUGUAUUAUCUGAUCUUGAUUUUCAAUUACUCAAUGAAGUCAAUUAUAAAUUUCAAUACAAUUUACCUCGCCGCCAACGUUCCGGAUUAUUUGCAUAUCAUGCACAAGUUGAAAAAAUUACUCAUGGUCAUGUAUUUUCUGGUACAAGUAAAUCUGAAUUACAAUUGGACAACAAACAAAUACAAGUUCCAGAUAAAAAUGAUAUGGAACUCGAUUUGAAUCUUCGCUUUGAUAAACAACCUAAGAAAGAUUCACCAAAAUCAUUAAUAACUUUUUACGAUAUUAAAUUAAAAGCACCUAAACAUAAAUUAUUUCAAUUAAUUGUUCUUGAUGGUAAUCUAACAAAACAAUCAGGCAAAUUCGAAACAUGGAAUUCAAUCGCUAUUCGAACAAAUAAAAAAUUAAAAGAAAUUAAUUUAAAUGCUUUUAUUUAUCGUAAUCUCACUGGUGAUAAUACAAUACAAACACACAUUUCAUUUGCAUUACCAUUUAAAUACCUGCCAUAUAUAGCACACGAUUUAAAAGCUGUAAGAUUAUUAGAAACCGGUGUUUUUAGUUCUUUUGCUUUUACUUUUCUUGAAUCAAGAUUAAUUGCUAAACCAGUUUUUGCACACUAUGCUCUACUGGAUGCAUCUCUUUCCGAAAAACGGCACAUCCGUAUAGAUAAUGAAAUUGAAUAUUUACGUGCUAAUGGAGAUAGUUUACACGCUCUUUCGAAAAUAGAUAUGUCAUCAGAUGCAGGAUCACAUUCAUUCGGUUUAUUAAAACGCAAUUCAGAUUUAUUACAUAAACAUUCAAUUGGUUUUAUUUCUUCAUCGAAAACGAAAAAAAUUGCAUUUUCAUUAGUGAGCCCACAAAUAUCGUCAAAUCCAUUGAGUAUUAUCGGAGAAUUCACCAUGGAUCGAGAAAAUCAUAUUGGAAAAAUGAAAUUACCACAGGAAUUUGGAAUUCAUUUUGAAUUCGGUACUCCAUUAUCGAAUUUAACCGCAUUUCGCAUUUUCUACAAUUUACCACUAUUCAAUAAAAAUCAUAGUUUAACAGCUGAGGGAUCCGCUGGAUUUAAAAUUGCUUCAACAAAUAUAGCUCCAAUUAGCUUCUACCUCCAUUCGAAAGGUUCCCUAAAUACAUCACUUCAUCUAGUCGAAGCUUUACGUAUUAGUAAUGAUAUUGCCACGCAUAGUUCAUUAACUGCUCAAUACAAUCCUCGAUUAGUCAGUCAAGUUAGUGCUACAAUCAGUACAAAUUUUUACGGAAAAGAAUUUCAAAAUUCAUUGUAUGCUCUAUUUAAACAACAUCAAGUUAUUGUACGGGGUCUUUUAAAUACAACCGAUAAUCAAGAUUAUACAUACGAAAUGGAUAUCGGUUUAGACAAUGAUUCACUUACAGGACAUACGGAACGGACGGAUGGACUAGAAACAACUAUGUCAGAUAUUGAUACUAAAAAAUGUACUGCAACUGGUAAAUAUUAUCGUUGUUAUAAAGGUGAUAUUACCGUUCGAACAGGUACUAGUAGUUCGGAGAGUAAAGGCACAUUUGAUGUAAGCUGGGGUCGUGACGCUGGUAAAUUAGACAUUAAAGUUCCCAAUCAUGUUGAACUUUCAAUUGAUCAUUCACAUACUGGUCGUGUACGUGAUGCUGAUUUUAGUUCGAAAACAAAUAUCGAAGGAAAAAUCUUAAAACCGAACAAACGCGGUGCAUUCAAUUUUUCAAGCUCAGUUGAUAAAGAAGAUGGCAAAUGGAAUGAUGUUCAAAUUCAAACUUCAUUAAACGAUAUGAAAACAGGACAAAAAUCUGGCGCAACAGAUAUUCGCUUCAAUCAAAAAAUAACUGAUAAACGUUCCGGGCAAUUUCAACGUAAAUUUAAUGUUAAUGUUGAACGUAAAGGUCUGCCUGUUAUUGUUUGGUCAAGUGAUUCUUUUAGUUGUUCAAAUAAUCCAUCAUAUGUUAUUUAUGGUGUGUGUCAAACAACUACAUUUAAUAUCAAAGCAAAUAAUAUGUUGAUACAACGUCUUCAAUUAGCCGCUGAUCCACGUUUGUCGAAUCCACUCGGUCAAGUAACGUAUGAUGGUACAUUAAAUUUAGAUUUAAAACAUGAUCCAACAUUAGGUCCACAUACAGUUAAAUUUGAUUUAAAUCGUUUAAGAGAAGAGGCUAUUGAUAUUGAUCUUUCAUAUCAAAAACGAAUUGAUGAAAAACCGAUGAGUCUGAAUUUAAAAGUAAAUAUUCCACAACAAAAUCCAAUAUCGAUUAAAUAUGAUGAAACAAUUCAUUCGAAAACAAGUUUUAAUGGUGUUUUAAAAUAUUCAUUUAAUGCAAAUGAUAGUACAGCUAAAAAAACAUAUAAGUGUGAUGUUAACCAAUCGUAUGGUGAUAGUUAUUCAAUGAAUUGUCAAGGCGAACGAACAAACUUAACAAUUGAUAUUGAUCCUAUAGCUCACAAAAAGAAAUUUAUAGUGGAUUUAAAUCGAUUUACAGGUGAACGUAUUGGAUAUGAAACGGCGAUGAACUUCACAACCGGAGAAAUUGAAACUACUUAUUAUACACUUGUAACUUCAUGGAAUAUGAAAUAUCAAGUCGGAGUAUUACCAACAAUUAUUGUUAAACAAAAAGAUCAAGAAGUUCUACGUAUUACGUCUUCAAGAGCUGAUUUUCAGGGAUAUAAAAUUCGAUUUUUACCUGCCAAUAUUGAACUUAAACUUGCUGCGGAUUAUAAAUCAAAUACUGUUUCACUUUGUGAAAUAUAUCCUCAAAAGCGAGAUUAUGUCAAAAUAACCGUUGAGGUUGAACGAAUUCGUCGCUAUAUACCAUCGUUACGUAAUGUAAAUCGACCAUCCUACGAUAUCGACGAUGAAUCACCAAAAUCGCAAGAACCACUAUUUAGAAUUCAAUUGGAUUCUUAUAUUUUAAUUUCAGUAUCGCAAGCUCUUGGUAAAAUAGGUUCACACAAUGGUCUAUUCGGUUUAGAAACAGUUAAGAAAUCAUAUAAAUUACAAAUUGGUGAUGCACCAUUAACAAUUUAUAAUGUUCAACAUUGGAAAACUCAUCUUGAAAAUAUUCAAUUACCAGAAAGUUAUUCAAUUCGAAUUGUGAAUGAUGCAAAUGGAAAUAGUGUACAAUUAGCAACAAAUAAAUGGAAUGAAAAUCGAUUAAUAUCGACGAUUAGUCAUUCAUUCGAUGGUGGUAAAACACAAAUAACUGAUUUGGAAUUAGAUCGAAAUUAUGCAUAUCAAGUUGGUUCAAUUUAUUUUCUUCACAGUCUAGGCUAUCGGAAUGUUCAAGCAGUUAAACAACUUCGAGUAAGUUUAUCAUUCGAUUUUUCUUUCACCAACCGCCGGUUUUCGAGCGGUUUGAGCGACAUGGGAACAAAUCUUGCUGAAUUUAUUCAACUUUCACGAAAACGUGUACUAUCUAUUGUUACUCGUUUCGGUUUAUUUGAAUUCUUUACUAAAUAUCCGACAUAUACUGAAGCAUCUGAUCGUGUCUCUGCUAUUCUUGGCGAACGUCAUGUUCAACGUGAAGAAUUCUGGCGUAGUCGUAUAGAAGAUAUUCUUAAUAAUAAUCGUCUUAAAGAUUUAUCGCAACGAUUUCAAACACGUCGUAUGGAAAUAGUACAAUCUUUAUUAAGUGCAUCGGAAAAAGUUCUUGAUCGUUUCUUACCGAAAAUUGACCAAAAAAAUAUCGAUGAACGCAUAGUUAACUUCGUUCGAAAACUAUUGGCAUCAUUUGAACAAGUAGCGAAACAAAAUUCCGAGCAAUGGAAAACUAUAUUUAAAGCUAUUGAUGAUGCAAGCAAAGGUGAUGAUAAUAAAUGGUUUCGAGUAUUAGUUGCUGAUAUUGAUUCAAAUGCAGUUGCUGCAGCAGCUGAUGCUCAACUGGCAAAAGUAUUUAAAAAAUUAGGUGAUUCAUCGAAAUUAUUGAUCAGUAAUAUGCAACAAAUUUCACAACGUAUUAAUCAACGACGAGAAUCUAUUCGAGAACGUGUUCAAAAUGCUAUUCGACAUUUACCGAAGGCAUCUAUGAAUGAUACAAAUUCUGAAAUCUUAUAUCCCAUCGGUCGUCGACCAGGCAACUAUAGUGAAAAAAAUAAAUUAAUACUUUUAAUGGGUACCUUACUUAAAUACCGUGAACGAGGACUAUUUACAUUGAAUUGUAUCAUAAAAGAUCGUUUUCAAACGCGUAGUGAAACAUUUCAACAUUACUCAAAACCCGUACGUACAUUUCCUAAACGUUUAUUUAAACGUAAUCCAUCAUUAACACCAGAAUUCAAUGCUGUCAUUGCAAAUACGGGAGAUAUUAUCGAUCUUCGUAGCGAUUAUGUCUUAACACACGACUUUAGCGGUUUACAAUUUUCAUUUCGUUUUAUCUAUGGUAAAGUUUAUUCAGUAUUACUGAAUCUAAUUGGAAUAAAAGAAAAUGAAUGUUCAACUACUGGUCGUGUUCAACUUUGUAAUCGAGGAUACUAUUCUACUCUUAAUGUAACGAUGUAUUAUUGUGGGCUUGUUGAUGGAGCAUUCGGCGAUGUACGUGAUCGUAGUGGUAAAGGACAUGCAAAUCUUAGUCGCUGGUUAGUACGAGACUGUCCAGCUGCAACACAUGAUCAAACAAAAGAAAUUGUACCAUCAAUUCCGGAAUGUGCUAGUGACGAUACUGAUGAACAAGAAUUUUGUGAAAAUUUUGUUCAACGAGGUACAAAGAGUGGACUUAGUCUACGGUUAUUAGUUACUCAAGCAAUAGCUGUAUGA